CAAAUUUAAACGAACGAUCUCAUACGAAACACAAGUUUAAAACAUUUAGUUGACGUGUGAAACGAACGAAUUUCGCGUCCAAUGAGAAAAAGUGAUAUAAAAAAUAUCUACCAAUAUUCAAAAUGAGGACUGUUUAUUUACUGCUCCUUGUGUCCUUGUUUUGUCUGGUAAGCGCGAAAUAUUUGCCAGACGAAGGUUCUUCGAGGGCUCUGCUACGGAAGGAAAGGUCUGUAUCAGAAGAUUCAACAGAAACCAUCGAAAGUGGUGGUGAUGAUGACAAUGAUGAAAAGGAUGACGACGAAGAAGACGAGGAUGAGGGUGACUCAUCAGAGCGUAAGCUGAUUGAAAAACAAAUUAAACAGCAAGAGAAAAGGGAAAAAGAAGAACGAAAGAGACUGGAAAAAGAGCGCAAACAACAAGAAAAAUUGGAAGAGCAACAACAAAAACUACAAGAAAAACUUGAAAAGGAACAACGCAAGCUACAGGAAAAGCUUGAAAAGGAAGCACGUAAGCGUCAAGAAGAAGAACAAAAGAGGCAAGAAAAAUUAGCUAAAGAAGAACGCAAGCAAAAGGAAAAAGAAGCCAAAAGGUUAGCUGAAAUCGAAAAGAAAACAGCUGAAAACUCCAAACCAGUCGAUGGGAUUUCUGCAGAAUCUGCAGAAGACAAUGAAUCCAUAGAUUUGGAAGCUAUUUGGCAACAUUAUGUUUAUACCAAGUAUGGUGUACCUGCAAACAGCAGCGACUUAGUUAAAGAUGCUGCUAUUAACAGCUAUUUGAAACAAGAACUUGGUCUUAAUGCCAAUAGUUCCAAGACUGAAUAUCGCCAAGCAGUACUUCUAUUGGUCCAAAACAGAUUGUUGAAUGACACAGCUUCGCAAGAUAGUUUCCGCAAUUAUCUUAAGAGCCAUAUUAAUGCUGUUUACAUACAGAAGAUAAGUACGGAGAUAGAGAACAAAAUUGCUGAAUUGGAUAACGAUACUGCUCUGCUGAGAAAUGUAAGUUUGCCAUGGGCCGUUGAGGCACAGCAGGCUAUUAAACAAGAGAAAAGUAUCUUAUCAACGAUCGUCCAAUUUUUAUCUAACGCCGUUCCUAGUUGGUUAACUGGAGGACAAAGUGGUGCAGCCAGUAUCGUUGGUGUAGAAAGCAACAAUGGUGAAUUAGGUAUUGGAUCUGCAACUAAUAGACCCGGAUCUGGCAGUUUAUCAAAUGUUGCUUUUAUGAGCGAAAUUAUUCCUGGAUCAGUAGGUUUGGACGCAUCAGUUCCUAAUGAUGCUCUACCCGACGUUGCGUCUGUUGGUGUUCAAACAUCUAGCGUUGCCUCAAAUGGCAUUCCUGAAAUCAAUCCAAAUGGCAACCCGUUGAUUGACGUGGCAGCCUCUGUUGGAGGAAACUCCGUCACUGUUGCCCCUGAAGUCGUCCCUGCAGUUCCUGCCGACUCUGUAAAACCUGAAUCAUCGCUACUUGAUAUCGGUGCCAGUGUUUCGUUACCUAUCUUAGGCGACAACUCGUUGCUUGAUGUUAAUGCUUCUCUGGGUAAUAUAUUAGAUGUGGGAGCCUCGGUUGGAGGAAACUCCGCCACUGUUGCCCCUGAAGUCGCCCCUGCGGUUCCUGCCGACUCUGUAAAACCUGAAUCAUCGCUACUUGAUAUCGGAGCCAGUGUUUCGUUACCUAUCUUAGGCGACAGCUCGUUGCUUGAUGUUAAUGCUUCUCUGGGUAAUAUAUUAGAUGUGGGAGCCUCUGUUGGAGGAAACUCCGCCACUGUUGCCCCUGAAGUCGUCCCUGCGGUUCCUGCCGACUCAGUAAAACCUGAAUCAUCGCUACUUGAUAUCGGAGCCAGUGUUUCGUUACCUAUCUUAGGCGACAGCUCGUUGCUUGAUGUUAAUGCUUCUCUGGGUAAUAUAUUAGAUGUAGGAGCCUCGGUUGGAGGAAACUCCGCCACUGUUGCCCCCGAAGUCGUCCCUGCGGUUCCUGCCGACUCUGUAAAACCUGAAUCAUCGCUACUUGAUAUCGGUGCCAGUGUUUCGUUACCUAUCUUAGGCGACAGCUCGUUGCUUGAUGUUAAUGCUUCUCUGGGUAAUAUAUUAGAUGUGGGAGCCUCGGUUGGAGGAAACUCCGCCACUGUUGCCCCUGAAGUCGACCCUGCGAUUCCUGCCGACUCUGUAAAACCUGAAUCAUCGCUACUUGAUAUCGGUGCCAGUGUUUCGUUACCUAUCUUAGGCGACAACUCGUUGCUUGAUGUUAAUGCUUCUCUGGGUAAUAUAUUAGAUGUGGGAGCCUCGGUUGGAGGAAACUCCGCCACUGUUGCCCCUGAAGUCGUCCCUGCGGUUCCUGCAGACUCUGUAAAACCUGAAUCAUCGCUUCUUGAUAUCGGUGCCAGUGUUUCGUUACCUAAUAUCUUAGGCGACAACUCGUUGCUUGAUGUUAAUGCUUCUCUGGGUAAUAUAUUAGAUGUGGGAGCCUCGGUUGGAGGAAACUCCGCCACUGUUGCCCCUGAAGUCGUCCCUGCGGUUCCUGCCGACUCAGUAAAACCUGAAUCAUCGCUACUUGAUAUCGGUGCCAGUGUUUCGUUACCUAUCUUAGGCGACAGCUCGUUGCUUGAUGUUAAUGCUUCUCUGGGUAAUAUAUUAGAUGUGGGAGCCUCUGUUGGAGGAAACUCCGCCACUGUUGCCCCUGAAGUCGUCCCUGCGGUUCCUGCCGACUCUGUAAAACCUGAAUCAUCGCUACUUGAUAUCGGUGCCAGUGUUUCGUUACCUAUCAUAGGCGACAACUCGUUGCUUGAUGUUAAUGCUUCUCUGGGUAAUAUAUUAGAUGUGGGAGCCUCGGUUGGAGGAAACUCCGCCACUGUUGCCCCUGAAGUCGUCCCUGCAGUUCCUGCCGACUCUGUAAAACCUGAAUCAUCGCUCCUUGAUAUCGGUGCCAGUGUUUCGUUACCUAUCUUAGGCGACAGCUCGUUGCUUGAUGUUAAUGCUUCUCUGGGUAAUAUAUUAGAUGUGGGAGCCUCGGUUGGAGGAAACUCCGCCACUGUUGCCCCUGAAGUCGUCCCUGCAGUUCCUGCCGACUCUGUAAAACCUGAAUCAUCGCUUCUUGAUAUCGGUGCCAGUGUUUCGUUACCUAAUAUCUUAGGCGACAACUCGUUGCUUGAUGUUAAUGCUUCUCUGGGUAAUAUAUUAGAUGUGGGAGUCUCGGUUGGAGGAAACUCCGCCACUGUUGCCCCUGAAGUCGUCCCUGCGGUUCCUGCCGACUCUGUAAAACCUGAAUCAUCGCUACUUGAUAUCGGUGCCAGUGUUUCGUUACCUAUCUUAGGCGACAGCUCGUUGCUUGAUGUUAAUGCUUCUCUGGGUAAUAUAUUAGAUGUGGGAGCCUCUGUUGGAGGAAACUCCGCCACUGUUGCCCCUGAAGUCGUCCCUGCGGUUCCUGCCGACUCAGUAAAACCUGAAUCAUCGCUACUUGAUAUCGGAGCCAGUGUUUCGUUACCUAUCUUAGGCGACAGCUCGUUGCUUGAUGUUAAUGCUUCUCUGGGUAAUAUAUUAGAUGUGGGAGCCUCUGUUGGAGGAAACUCCGCCACUGUUGCCCCUGAAGUCGUCCCUGCGGUUCCCGCCGACUCUGUAAAACCUGAAUCAUCGCUACUUGAUAUCGGUGCCAGUGUUUCGUUACCUAUCUUAGGCGACAACUCGUUGCUUGAUGUUAAUGCUUCUCUGGGUAAUAUAUUAGAUGUGGGAGCCUCGGUUGGAGGAAACUCCGCCACUGUUGCCCCUGAAGUCGUCCCUGCAGUUCCUGCCGACUCUGUAAAACCUGAAUCAUCGCUUCUUGAUAUCGGUGCCAGUGUUUCGUUACCUAAUAUCUUAGGCGACAACUCGUUGCUUGAUGUUAAUGCUUCUCUGGGUAAUAUAUUAGAUGUGGGAGCCUCGGUUGGAGGAAACUCCGCCACUGUUGCCCCUGAAGUCGUCCCUGCAGUUCCUGCCGACUCUGUAAAACCUGAAUCAUCGCUACUUGAUAUCGGUGCCAGUGUUUCGUUACCUAUCUUAGGCGACAACUCGUUGCUUGAUGUUAAUGCUUCUCUGGGUAAUAUAUUAGAUGUGGGAGCCUCGGUUGGAGGAAACUCCGCCACUGUUGCCCCUGAAGUCGCCCCUGCGGUUCCUGCCGACUCUGUAAAACCUGAAUCAUCGCUACUUGAUAUCGGAGCCAGUGUUUCGUUACCUAUCUUAGGCGACAGCUCGUUGCUUGAUGUUAAUGCUUCUCUGGGUAAUAUAUUAGAUGUGGGAGCCUCUGUUGGAGGAAACUCCGCCACUGUUGCCCCUGAAGUCGUCCCUGCGGUUCCUGCCGACUCAGUAAAACCUGAAUCAUCGCUACUUGAUACCGGAGCCAGUGUUUCGUUACCUAUCUUAGGCGACAGCUCGUUGCUUGAUGUUAAUGCUUCUCUGGGUAAUAUAUUAGAUGUAGGAGCCUCGGUUGGAGGAAACUCCGCCACUGUUGCCCCCGAAGUCGUCCCUGCGGUUCCUGCCGACUCUGUAAAACCUGAAUCAUCGCUACUUGAUAUCGGUGCCAGUGUUUCGUUACCUAUCUUAGGCGACAGCUCGUUGCUUGAUGUUAAUGCUUCUCUGGGUAAUAUAUUAGAUGUGGGAGCCUCGGUUGGAGGAAACUCCGCCACUGUUGCCCCUGAAGUCGACCCUGCGAUUCCUGCCGACUCUGUAAAACCUGAAUCAUCGCUACUUGAUAUCGGUGCCAGUGUUUCGUUACCUAUCUUAGGCGACAACUCGUUGCUUGAUGUUAAUGCUUCUCUGGGUAAUAUAUUAGAUGUGGGAGCCUCGGUUGGAGGAAACUCCGCCACUGUUGCCCCUGAAGUCGUCCCUGCGGUUCCUGCAGACUCUGUAAAACCUGAAUCAUCGCUUCUUGAUAUCGGUGCCAGUGUUUCGUUACCUAAUAUCUUAGGCGACAACUCGUUGCUUGAUGUUAAUGCUUCUCUGGGUAAUAUAUUAGAUGUGGGAGCCUCGGUUGGAGGAAACUCCGCCACUGUUGCCCCUGAAGUCGUCCCUGCGGUUCCUGCCGACUCAGUAAAACCUGAAUCAUCGCUACUUGAUAUCGGUGCCAGUGUUUCGUUACCUAUCUUAGGCGACAGCUCGUUGCUUGAUGUUAAUGCUUCUCUGGGUAAUAUAUUAGAUGUGGGAGCCUCUGUUGGAGGAAACUCCGCCACUGUUGCCCCUGAAGUCGUCCCUGCGGUUCCUGCCGACUCUGUAAAACCUGAAUCAUCGCUACUUGAUAUCGGUGCCAGUGUUUCGUUACCUAUCAUAGGCGACAACUCGUUGCUUGAUGUUAAUGCUUCUCUGGGUAAUAUAUUAGAUGUGGGAGCCUCGGUUGGAGGAAACUCCGCCACUGUUGCCCCUGAAGUCGUCCCUGCAGUUCCUGCCGACUCUGUAAAACCUGAAUCAUCGCUCCUUGAUAUCGGUGCCAGUGUUUCGUUACCUAUCUUAGGCGACAGCUCGUUGCUUGAUGUUAAUGCUUCUCUGGGUAAUAUAUUAGAUGUGGGAGCCUCGGUUGGAGGAAACUCCGCCACUGUUGCCCCUGAAGUCGUCCCUGCAGUUCCUGCCGACUCUGUAAAACCUGAAUCAUCGCUUCUUGAUAUCGGUGCCAGUGUUUCGUUACCUAAUAUCUUAGGCGACAACUCGUUGCUUGAUGUUAAUGCUUCUCUGGGUAAUAUAUUAGAUGUAGGAGCCUCGGUUGGAGGAAACUCCGCCACUGUUGCCCCUGAAGUCGACCCUGCGGUUCCUGCCGACUCUGUAAAACCUGAAUCAUCGCUACUUGAUAUCGGUGCCAGUGUUUCGUUACCUAUCUUAGGCGACAACUCGUUGCUUGAUGUUAAUGCUUCUUUGGGUAAUAUAUUAGACGUGGGAGCCUCGGUUGGAGGAAACUCCGCCACUGUUGCCCCUGAAGUCGUCCCUGCGGUUCCUGCCGACUCUGUAAAACCUGAAUCAUCGCUACUUGAUAUCGGUGCCAGUGUUUCGUUACCUAUCUUAGGCGACAGCUCGUUGCUUGAUGUUAAUGCUUCUCUGGGUAAUAUAUUAGAUGUAGGAGCCUCGGUUGGAGGAAACUCCGCCACUGUUGCCCCCGAAGUCGUCCCUGCGGUUCCUGCCGACUCUGUAAAACCUGAAUCAUCGCUACUUGAUAUCGGUGCCAGUGUUUCGUUACCUAUCUUAGGCGACAGCUCGUUGCUUGAUGUUAAUGCUUCUCUGGGUAAUAUAUUAGAUGUGGGAGCCUCGGUUGGAGGAAACUCCGCCACUGUUGCCCCUGAAGUCGACCCUGCGGUUCCUGCCGACUCUGUAAAACCUGAAUCAUCGCUACUUGAUAUCGGUGCCAGUGUUUCGUUACCUAUCUUAGGCGACAGCUCGUUGCUUGAUGUUAAUGCUUCUCUGGGUAAUAUAUUAGAUGUGGGAGCCUCGGUUGGAGGAAACUCCGCCACUGUUGCCCCUGAAGUCGACCCUGCGGUUCCUGCCGACUCUGUAAAACCUGAAUCAUCGCUACUUGAUAUCGGUGCCAGUGUUUCGUUACCUAUCUUAGGCGACAACUCGUUGCUUGAUGUUAAUGCUUCUUUGGGUAAUAUAUUAGACGUGGGAGCCUCGGUUGGAGGAAACUCCGCCACUGUUGCCCCUGAAGUCGUCCCUGCGGUUCCUGCCGACUCUGUAAAACCUGAAUCAUCGCUACUUGAUAUCGGUGCCAGUGUUUCGUUACCUAUCUUAGGCGACAGCUCGUUGCUUGAUGUUAAUGCUUCUCUGGGUAAUAUAUUAGAUGUAGGAGCCUCGGUUGGAGGAAACUCCGCCACUGUUGCCCCCGAAGUCGUCCCUGCGGUUCCUGCCGACUCUGUAAAACCUGAAUCAUCGCUACUUGAUAUCGGUGCCAGUGUUUCGUUACCUAUCUUAGGCGACAGCUCGUUGCUUGAUGUUAAUGCUUCUCUGGGUAAUAUAUUAGAUGUGGGAGCCUCGGUUGGAGGAAACUCCGCCACUGUUGCCCCUGAAGUCGACCCUGCGGUUCCUGCCGACUCUGUAAAACCUGAAUCAUCGCUACUUGAUAUCGGUGCCAGUGUUUCGUUACCUAUCUUAGGCGACAACUCGUUGCUUGAUGUUAAUGCUUCUUUGGGUAAUAUAUUAGACGUGGGAGCCUCGGUUGGAGGAAACUCCGCCACUGUUGCCCCUGAAGUCGUCCCUGCGGUUCCUGCCGACUCUGUAAAACCUGAAUCAUCGCUACUUGAUAUCGGUGCCAGUGUUUCGUUACCUAUCUUAGGCGACAGCUCGUUGCUUGAUGUUAAUGCUUCUCUGGGUAAUAUAUUAGAUGUAGGAGCCUCGGUUGGAGGAAACUCCGCCACUGUUGCCCCCGAAGUCGUCCCUGCGGUUCCUGCCGACUCUGUUAAACCUGAAUCAUCGCUACUUGAUAUCGGUGCCAGUGUUUCGUUACCUAUCUUAGGCGACAACUCGUUGCUUGAUGUUAAUGCUUCUCUGGGUAAUAUAUUAGAUGUGGGAGCCUCGGUUGGGGGAAACUCCGCCACUGUUGCCCCUGAAGUCGUCCCUGCGGUUCCUGCCGACUCUGUAAAACCUGAAUCAUCGCUACUUGAUAUCGGUGCCAGUGUUUUAGCUACUGGCUCUGUGGGACCUGAAUCAUCAACAGUUAGCGCCGAUGCAACCUUACCGGUUGAUGCGAUUGUUACCGUACCUAGUACAAACUUAGCCCCUGAAACAGGAGCAUCAUUAUUGGAAGUAACUACGCAGGUGUGAAUAAAAAUGUUUGUUAAAUGUU